AGUUGUAUUAAAUGAUUGCUAAGUACUUAGAUUACGCAUUCUUUGACAUAAAUAUUUAUAAACAAAUGAUCUAGUAAAUGUUUAUUGCAAUGUCACUUUGGCAAUAAUUCCUGCUUGAUUAGCGGUUAAGAAAAAGAUAGAAUGUGGCUAAAUCUGAAGGUGGGGAUCGACGAAGAGAAGAUGUUGGUGAAAAAGUACAAGUGGAAAGAAGAGAAACGAUUACACCGGCAAAGUAGGUUGUCAUGUCUGUCUUUCCUCGUUACUUGAUCAACAAUUUUAUUCGUGUUUCGGUCUCCGUUCAUUCAAUUAACAACGGGACUUUGAACGUUAGUAGAAAACAGACACUUUCUCUUCUUGCUUGUGCAAAUCGUAAAUUGUUAAAUACUUCAAUUACUCGAUCUUUUAGUGCUUCAACAGUCACUAUGGCUAAAAUCAAGGCGGGGCCGGUUGUAGACAUCUUGGGAGAUGAAAUGACACGUAUAAUAUGGGACUCGAUCAAAGAAAAACUGAUUCUUCCCUAUCUGGAUAUUGAAUUACACACUUAUGAUCUUGGGAUUGAAAAUAGAGAUGCCACGUCUGACCAAGUCACUGUAGACUGUGCUGAGGCUAUAAAAAAGUACAACGUUGGUAUCAAGUGUGCUACCAUUACACCUGAUGAGAAAAGAGUUGAAGAAUUUAAAUUAAAACAAAUGUGGAAAAGUCCCAAUGGAACUAUAAGAAAUAUCCUUGGUGGUACUGUUUUUAGGGAAGCUAUCAUUUGUAAGAAUAUUCCUCGAUUGGUUACUUGUUGGAAUGAACCUAUCAUUAUUGGUAGACAUGCUCAUGGAGAUCAAUAUAAGGCUACAGACUUCGUUGUACCUGGGGCUGGAAAGCUUGAAAUAACUUGGACUGGUUCUGAUGGCAAUAAGAUUCAACAUACAGUUCAUGAAUUUAAAGGUGCAGGUGUAGCUCAAGCUCAGUUCAACACUGAUGAAAGCAUUCGUGAUUUUGCUCACAGCUCAUUCCAGUAUGCUCUUUUACGCAAAUAUCCUCUUUAUUUGUCAACAAAGAAUACGAUUCUAAAGAAAUACGAUGGAAGAUUUAAGGAUAUUUUCCAAGAAAUUUAUGAAGCAGAAUAUAAAAGUAAAUUUGAAGCUUUAAAUAUUUGGUACGAGCAUCGUUUGAUCGAUGAUAUGGUAGCUUAUGCAAUGAAAUCAAAUGGAGGAUUUGUAUGGGCUUGUAAAAAUUAUGAUGGUGAUGUGCAAUCUGAUUCAGUAGCUCAGGGUUUUGGAUCUCUUGGUCUUAUGACUUCAGUUUUAAUUUGCCCUGACGGACGUACUGUCGAAGCUGAAGCAGCUCAUGGAACUGUUACUAGACACUACCGUCAAUAUCAACAAGGAAAAGAAACAUCAACGAAUCCUAUUGCAUCAAUAUUUGCAUGGACUCGUGGACUUCUUCAUCGUGCUAAGCUUGAUAAUAAUCAAGCCUUAACUGAUUUUGCUGAGAAACUUGAACAAGUUUGUAUAGAAACUAUUGAGCAAGGAUUUAUGACUAAGGAUUUAGCUAUUUGCAUUAAAGGAAUGGAUAAUGUGAAGAGAUCAGACUAUCUUGAGACUUUUGACUUUAUGAACAAGUUGGCUGAUAAUUUAAAAAAGAAAUUACAGAAAUGAAGUAUAACAUUUACCAAAAGUCGGCUUUAAUAAAAGGUUAUUGUGCAUUUUUUAUUACGUAAGAAUGAUUUUGUACUUUGGAAUCUUUUUGUCAUUCCAUUUUUAGCUUAUAUAUGGUAUAAGAAUAAAUUCGAUUUAUUAAAAUUUAAUAUAUUCUAUCCCAAGUGGAUAA